AUGCACAAUGCUGUCAUGCGCCAUGUUGCUGCAUGCAUGCACGCAUGGAUGGAUGUGGCAUUUUCCUUUCAGGAGCUUCGAAACCCUCCCCAUAGGCACCGUCUGCAUCUCUCGCAUUCAGUACAGCGGACGAGGUACUUCCCUCAUCCCACUCUCCCUCAUUCUCUUCCUCUUCCUCCCGGCCUCGCUCCCCAUAUCUCCCCCCCCUCCUUCUCCGUUCCAUUCAUCUUUCACGUUAGAAUUCUCCCUCUCGACGCUCCUUCCCCUAUGCCCCAUCUAUUGUUACAUGCUAAAGUGUUUUCCCCUCCUUUCUAUCAAGUGCCUCGUCCCCCUCCCCACCCGUCGCCCCCUCUCCCUGCAACUGUCCACUCCCUUGCUCUUCAUCUCUCUCUGACUGUCCCCCACGUGGCAGGGCGCGGAGGCAACACGUGGGAGAGCCCGGAGGGCUGCCUUAUGUUCUCGCUCUCACUGCGAUGGAUUGACGGGCGCACGCUGCCUCUGCUGCAGUAUGUGCUGUCGCUGGCAGUGGUGCAGGCGAUUGAAGACAUGGCCAAGGAGAGAGGGGUACGUGGCUGGUGUUGGGUGUUUGUGUGUGCAAGAGAAUGUUUGAAACAAACGAGCAACCUGCUGCGGUUGCCGCUGCUGCAGUAUGUGCUGUCGCUGGCAGUGGUGCAGGCGAUUGAUGACAUGGCCAAGGAGAGAGGGACCAGCCUCCCCCAGGUGGCCCUAAAGUGGCCCAACGACAUAUUUCUGGGCGGGCUGAAGGUGGGCGGCGUGCUCUGCACGUCAUCCUACCGCAACAGGGCAUUUGACGUCACUGUGGGCAUAGGUCUGAAUGUGGACAACGCCCAGCCCACCACGUGCAUCAACGCUGCUCUGCAAGCUGCCUGCCCCUCUGCUGCGCCUGUCUCCCACGAGGCUCUGCUGGCCGCUCUGCUCAACCGCCUGCACUCACUGCUCACCGUCUUUCAACAGCAAGGCUUUAAGCCUUUGGAAGCGGAUUAUCUCCAGCGCUGGCUGCACAGUGGCCAGCACGUGGUGCUGGAAGAGCCUAAAGACGGUGGAGGCACCACCCAGGUCUCCCUCACAAUUCAGGGUCUCACUACGGGUGGUUACCUCCUAGCAACUGACCCUUCAGGGGCACAAUACGAGCUUUCACCAGAUGGCAACAGUCUGGACUUUUUCAAAGGGCUCAUGCGCCGAAAGCUGAACCCAGAGGAGCAGGUGGCAGGGAGGCACUGA